AGUAGGAGGAGAGCGCACAACGCGGGUUUGUUGCACUGGCAUUGGAGCAGUGGUGAAACCGAUCCCAGCUGCUGCCGUGGGGUAAUGAGAGCUAUUCCCGUCCGCCGUGGGUUGGUCACAUGUCCUUGGGGAGUGUUUUAGUUUGGGGGUCCACGUAAGGAGGGAGAGUGAGCGCACCGUUACGCACGGACGGAGUUGGCCGGCAACAUCUUUUAACAAGCGUAAAUGAUCCGGCGGAGGAUCAGCCAGAUCAGUUUGUUUUGGGGCGUUGUCAUAUAGUCCACAGUGGAGUAACACACUCAGAUCCGUCAGACUCUGAAACAGUGUGUGUAUGUGCGUGUGUGUGUGAGAUCUCUCAGUCCAAACUUCUGCCGUUUCCAACUGUGAUCUUCACUCCGUUGCCGCGCAUUGUUCCUCCCGGUACAAGUCGACAUACGGUCGGAGCUGUCACGGCGAAACCAGGUAACUUGCCAGCUUCCGUGGGAUUUGAUGUCACCUUUAGAUUGGUUCAACUGAAGAUGGAAACACUGGAGUCCGAGCUGACCUGCCCAAUCUGCCUGGAGUUGUUUGAAGACCCCCUGCUCUUGCCCUGUGCCCACAGCCUGUGCUUUAACUGCGCCCACCGCAUCUUGGUGUCUCACUGUUCCACAAGCAAACCCCUUGAGUCAAUUUCGGCCUUUCAGUGCCCCACUUGUCGUUACGUCAUCACGCUGAAUCACCGCGGCCUGGAGGGCCUUAAGCGCAAUGUGACGCUGCAGAACAUCAUUGACCGCUUUCAAAAGGCCUCCCUCAGCGGCCCCAAUUCCCCUACUGAGAGCCGGCGCCUGCAGCCGCAACGGCCCUACACCGGCACCAUUAGCGGUACAAUAGCCGGAACGAUUGGCGGCGGCAGUGGCACAAGUGGAAGCAGCGCCCGCGGCAGCCCGGCCACUUCCAGCCACUCCCACCCGCACGCCAAUCACGCCAAUCACACCAAUCACACCAACGCUAACCACAGCCCAGCUGUCGUAGCGAAAAUGGAUCCACGAAUCAGCUGCCAAUUCUGCGAGCAGGAUCCGCCGCGUGAGGCUGUAAAGACGUGUGUUACAUGUGAGGUAUCAUAUUGUGACCGCUGUCUGCGUGCAACGCACCCAAACAAAAAGCCUUUCACAAGUCACCGCCUGGUGGAGCCGGUCCCAGAUACUCACAUCCGAGGCCUGACCUGCCUAGAGCAUGAGAACGAGAAGGUCAACAUGUACUGCUUGGUGGAUGACCAGCUCAUUUGCGCCCUCUGUAAGCUGGUAGGGCGCCACCGAGAGCACCAGGUGUCCUCGCUCACUGAACGCUUUGACAAACUCAAGGCUUAUCAGGUGAGCCCGGGCAGAGUGUCAGAUGCGGUAAUGGAGGCUUCAAAGACAAGCGCUGCGCAAACCCUGGAGAACAACCUCACCAACUUGGUGAAGAGGAACAGCGAACUGGAGAACCAAAUGGCCAAACUCAUCCAGAUCUGUCAGCAGGUCGAGGUAAACACAGCCAUGCAUGAAGCCAAGCUGGUGGAGGAGUGUGAUGAGCUUGUGGAGAUCAUCCGCCAGAGAAAACAGGUCAUCGCUGUGAAGAUCAAGGAGUCCAAGGUGAUGAAGCUACGUAAGUUGGCUCAGCAGAUUGCGAACUGUCGCCAGUGUCUUGAACGUUCAAGCGCCCUGAUUACACAAGCUGAACAGAGCCUGAAGGAAAAUGACCACGCCCGCUUCCUCCAGACCGCCCGAAAUGUUGCUGAAAGGGUUGCCAUGGCGACAGCUUCUUCUCAGGUACUUAUUCCUGAUGUCAACCUGAAUGAGGCAUUCGACAACUUCGCACUGGACUUUUCCAGAGAAAAGAAAAUUCUUGAGGGACUAGAUUAUUUAACAGCUCCUAACCCGCCAUCCAUAAGAGACGAGCUGUGCACCGCUUCCCAUGACACCAUCACUGUACACUGGACGUCAGAGGACGAGUUCAGCGUCACCUCCUAUGAGUUACAGUACACCAUCUACACUGGCCAGACCAACUUCAUCAGUUUGUACAACUCAGCAGACAGCUGGAUGAUCGUACCGAACAUCAAGCAGAACCACUACACGGUGCACGGCUUGCAGAGUGGCACCCGUUAUAUCUUCUUUGUCAAGGCUAUCAACCAGGCAGGAAGCCGCAACAGUGAGCCAGCACGCCUCAAAACCAACAGUCAGCCGUUUAAGCUGGAUCCGAAGACGGCCCAUAAGAAGCUGCGUCUGUCCAAUGACUGUCUGACCAUGGAGAAGGACGAGAGCUCCCUGAAGAAGAGCCACACCCCGGAGCGUUUCAGCGGGACGGGCUCCUAUGGCGCUGCUGGUAACGUCUUCAUCGACAGUGGGUGCCACUACUGGGAGGUGCUGCUAGGAGCCUCUACAUGGUAUGCCAUUGGCGUGGCUUACAAAUCAGCCCCCAAAAACGAGUGGAGCGGCAAGAACUCAUCCUCAUGGGUGUUCUCACGCUGCAACAAUAAUUUUAUGGUGCGGCACGACGGGAAGGAGAUGCUCGUGGAGGCAAGUCUGCAGCUGAGGCGGUUAGGGGUUCUACUGGACUACGAUAACAAUUCACUCUCCUUCUAUGACGCCAUGAGCUCCCAACACAUUCACACAUUUGAAAUCUCUUUCCUUCUGCCCGUCGUACCCACGUUCAUGAUAUGGAACAAGUCGGUCAUGAUACUCUCAGGGCUACCCGUCCCAGAUUUUGUCGAUGGCGUGGCUCUUGAUCAUCAAGAGCAGCAACAGCAGCAGAUGGGCCUGUGCCGACAGGAGUCACCGUAUUUGACCGGGAUGAAGACCUGCCACUGAGGAAGGCCCCGACGGCCUGACAGAGUCCAUUCAGGCCCGGUGAACAGAUGUAGACGAGCUGAAAAACAUUAAUGGUGUGUCGAAGUUCUCCUAUUGCCUCUGGAAAAGGCAUAGUUUGAUAUGGGGUUAGAAAGUGUUGGAAAUAUGCACACCAGUCUGGAAAAUGUCAGUCCUGUUAUUUUGUAUCCAUCCAAUGUUUUGCAAAUCCAUCUGACAGAGGCACACUUUGGGAACAAAGUCCAUUUGCUACAAUGGCAGUAGAUCCACAAUUCUUCUGAUGUCCUGAAAACAUUUAGAAAGAGGGCUUUGGUCUGUCAUAGGAUGGGGCUGGACUCCUGGUUUUCAUGACCAUUUAAGGUCUUCCUUUUUCAUUUAUUUUUGUUCUGGUUUAAUUCUAGGCACAAGACCAAGGAAGACAUGUUCGUGUCAGCCAUUCAGAACUUUAAUUUGCAGCACAUGAACAUUAGAUUACUAAUUACAGCAGAUUGAAGAACUUCAAAAUGGACAUGCACCAUAAACACAGAUGUCAAGUAAACCCAAUUUACACUUUAAAUGAUGCCAGUUACUUGUGGAUAUGCUUCAUGGAAUCCACUGUAUGAUGUGAGUUAAAUGCUCACCUUCUGCCAAAACAAAUGAAGCUAUUUGAAUAAUUUGUUUUCCAACUAACAAACUGGUGCAUUACAAACUCUCCUGUGUUGCGUUCAUGUGUUGUACCCUCAGUAGCUGUAACUGCUUGUUGCAAAAGUCCUUCCUUGAUCUUCCUCCUAGAUCUGACCCACCAGUCCUCUUUGCUUUGGUGGGUCGCAGCUUCCAAGUGACAGGAAGUGUUAACGUUGCUCCUAGAUAUUGAUGAGAUGACGGGGGUAGAUUUACAUCAUGUGACUACUCAACUUGUAUAAAAAGAGGUUUAUUGAAUAUUAAAGGAAAAAUGUGUUAUUUAUGACAAAAAAAGAUGGUUUACUUUUAUUAAUUUCAGCAUAUUCAUGAUGCACUUUUUAAUGAACACUAUUACCCCUCUGUGAGAAGACUGCAGGCAGGGUUGUAAUGGGGAGGGAUGACGGGCACUGCUUCUAAUUGUGUUCAGAAAUUUAACAUCACCUUAAUUCAUAAUUAAUUAUGGUCAUCAAUGCCUAACCGUAAUAAAGUCUAAUGCAAUAAAAAAAAAAACUUUUAAGACUUUUUUGUAAUAUUCUUUUAAUCAUAAAAAUGUCCUUGCUGCAGUUUUAUUUUCACUGUGCUUUGAACACAACCAGUGAUUUUUCCCUCCUCAUUGCUUGUUUCAACAGCAUAGAGUGAAUUAAAGUUGUUUGAGUAAAGGGAUAUGAAUAUGAUGAGGUUUUUGGGAAUUUUUAUCUUGAAGAAAUGAUGAUGAACUUAAAGUAAAAAAAAAAUAAAAUAAAAGUUCACUCUUGUUUAAUAUUCAGGGAAGGAGAGGGUUAACACUUUAACGUGCUGUCCAUCACAAUGUCAUGGCAUGAUUGUGUGAUAAGUUAAUACACACAUGAACACACACACACACAAACACACGUCACAUUUUGUUUAGGUUGGCCUUGUUGUGAUAAAUGCAUGAUACAUUUUAGGAUCCCGUUUCACUGCGUAAUCCAAGUAGCUUUCAAAUUCACCAACUUUAGUUUUUCACAGUCUGAAUCACCAACACAUUGUCUUACAGCAAACUUAACCUCGAACUCAUGGACAAUUCAAACAAUAGCUCCAGCUGGGUCCAUUGUUUGCUUUUUAUUGGAAUCUGUGUGGGUGACAGUUUCUCUCUGGUUUGUUAUUCAGGUAGUGCUCUGAUUCAGACAAUCAAAUAUGUAUCAUAGUUGGUGGAGCUGGAUCCAGUGGGGAGGGAUUGUGAGAAAAUGACACUGGAGGAUGUUUUGAAAAGUACAUCUACAUUUGAUCUUUCUUGAUUUGACAUAAAAACUUGGCACCUCAUCAGCAAUUUUGCAGUCUUUACUCUUCAGCAGUAUUUAAUGUUGAAUGUCAUGUAACAUUUGUAUCCUGACAAGCUAUGAUUUGUUUAACUUACCUUCCAAACACGCUGAUUUUAACCAUUUACCUCAGCUGAUUUGAUACUUAUUGAUGCAUUGAAGCAUGGAAUAGAAAAAUGGUUUAAAACGUGGCGUGUUGCGGUCGCUUAAUGUACUGCAUCCUUUGGUUAGGGCGAAUAUAUGAAGCUUCACAUGAGGUUUUUGAGAAAGCUAUUGAUUUCCUGAAGGCUACUGAUAACAGAGAUAAUUCAUAGGUCAAAGGUAGCAAAGUGGCAGCUCCAGAGAAGGGAGAAGGAAUUUUUUCUGUCACUGGGAUUGGUGAAUGUUACCUGACUUCCAGAUAUCCACCCAUCUUGUUGAAUAAUGUCGGUCACAGGCUCCAAACGGCCAUGUGUUGAUUUGUGAUGUGGACUGACAAGCUCAACUCAUCUGUGCAAGCGUGCUUGGCUGGGUCACUGCAUGAUUAUAUGACCUUGCUGCAGGUUCAUAACUCUUUCCUUAUCUUUAUGAUGGGGUUUCUUACAGUCUCUCGAGUAACGCAUAUCUUUUUUUUUUCCUUUUAUUUAUUUUUAUUUUUUUUAUUUUGAAAAGAUAAAUCAUGACAAUGAUACU